UCUGCAAAUUGUGUAACUAUAUUUAUAAAUAAUGUGACGGGCAGUGGCAAUGGUAAAAGGAAAUUAGGGCUCUGAGGAAUCAGACCCGGAUUAAGAUAUGAAGACAUCCAUUCUUGUCCUGCUUUGUUUGCUCAAUGCUUUUGUGUUUGCAACUGCAGCGGUUGAUUACAGCGCCGUCGUGCAGUGCUUGGCGGAGAGCGAAAUUCCGCAGGCAGAAAUUUCGAGGAUAGUUUACAGGCCUAAUGACGCGUCAUUCGAUACUGUUCUGUUGUCUUUGAUCAGAAACCGCCGGUUUAACGUGUCCACCACGCGCCGGCCCAGUGCCAUCGUGGCGCCGACGGCGGUGGGGCAGAUCAGCGCCGCCGUGCUCUGCGCGAAGAAGUUGGGCGUCCAGCUCAAGAUCCGCAGCGGCGGACACGACUACGAGGGAAUCUCGUAUGUCAGCGAUGUGCCGUUCGUGGUGUUGGAUUUGUUCAAUUUCCGGUCGAUCGACGUCGAUAUUUCCGACGAGUCGGCGUGGGUGCAGGCCGGGGCGUUCAUCGGAGAGCUCUACUAUAGAAUUUGGGAGAAAAGCAAGGUCCACGGAUUCCCCGCCGGCGUUUGCCCCACCGUCGGCAUCGGCGGCCAUAUCAGCGGCGCCGGCUACGGGAACAUGCUGAGAAAGCACGGCCUCACCGUCGACCACGUCAUCGACGCACAAAUCGUCGACGCCGGCGGUAGAGUUCUCGACAGGAAAGCAAUGGGGGAGGAUCUUUUCUGGGCGAUUCGCGGCGGCGGCGGCGCCAGCUUCGGCGUCAUCGUGGCGUAUAAAAUAAAGCUUGUCCCGGUUCCGGCGGUGGUGACCGUUUUCCGGCUCGAAAAAUACAUUGACCAGAAGGCGACGGAAGCGGUCUACCAGUACCAGCAAAUCGCCGACAAGAUCGACCACGACCUGUUCAUCAGGGUUCUUCUCCAGCCGGUGACCCGAAACAGAGCAAGAACCGUCCGGGCGACGUUCAUCGGAAUGUUCCUCGGAGAUGCUUCCAGGCUCCUUCCGAUAACCACUUCCGAAUUCCCGAUUCUGAACUUGACGCGACCCGACUGCCUCGAAAUGUCGUGGAUUCAGUCAGUCCUAUGGUGGGACAACAACGUCAACAUCUCAUCAACUCCCCCAUCUGUCCUCCUCGACAGAAACCUCAACUCUGCAAACUUCCUGAAACGGAAAUCCGACUACGUCAAAACCCCGUUAUCCAUUCCCGACCUGCAAUCGCUCUUCACUAAAAUGGCGGAGAUCGGGAGAGUGGGAUUAGUGUUCAACUCCUACGGCGGAAGAAUGAGUGAGAUUCCUGAAUCGGCGACGCCGUUCCCCCACCGCGCCGGCAACAUCUUCAAGAUUCAAUACUCGAUGAACUGGAACGAAGAAGGAGAGGCGGCCGACAGAAAUUACACGAAUCAGAUCCGGGAGCUGUACAGAUUCAUGACUCCGUACGUGUCGAAGAAUCCGAGGGAGUCGUACCUGAAUUACAGGGACUUGGACAUAGGGACGACGGACAACGGCAAGAACAGUUACAGAGAGGGGGAGGUGUACGGUAGGAAGUAUUUCAAGGGUAAUUUCGACAGGCUGGUGAAAAUCAAGACAGAGGUUGACCCGGAAAACGUGUUCAGGAACGAGCAGAGCAUUCCGGUCCGGCAGCCCUUUCGUGGCCGUAAGUCGAGGAGGGCAUAAACCAUCAGUAUUUAAUGCACGAACCCUUAUCCUUGUUAUUACUUUAUGCUGUGUGCUAUUUCAUUUAUGGCUGUAAUUUCUACAACACAUAAUACACUUCAUUUAGGACA